CCACGCGUGCCUGCAUCCCACUUCGUGGCAACGCAUCUAGGCAGUGAAGUAGAGCAGUCGCUGCGUUGAAGGCGCGCCCACUUCGAUGCAGGUGGUGCGCCGUGGCUCUGGAUAUGCGUGCCGCUUGUAUCCUUUUGAAGCUUAGCGCUACCUGACCAGGCAGUCGCGAAGGAUUUACACCUUGACAAUCAGCGCGAUAUCAGUUCAACCCAACAUCGCAUGUUCCUUUUUUUGCUUCAGGCCUCAUCAUGUUGUUUUCCAAAGAACCAAACCCGCUCAAGGUGGUCGUCUUGGGUGAGGGCCAAUCAGGCAAAACAUGCUUCAUCGACAUGUUCCUCGAAGGGAAACACUUCAUCCGCCACAGCGCUGUCGACUCCGAACUACUUUCAAGGACCAUCUCGCAUGCUGAUAACAACUGGAGCUUUUCUUUCAUGGAUAUAGAUCUCCAGGGCUCCAUGUCUCCCUCAUAUCGUCGUGUAUUGAAUGAAUACAUCGGGAGUGCUGAUGGUGUCGUUCUGAUAUACGACAUCACUGCCCAGUGGUCUUGGGAUUCACUCAUCAAAUACACGUAUCCACACAUCUACCACUGUCGCAACACCAUAUUUACCAAAGACGGUACAGAAGGGAGAAUGCAAGGGGUGAAGAAGAGGUUCGGUUGCGUAGUAGUGGGAAACAAGAAGGACAUGAUCGACGAGGACGGAUCAAAGAGGCAGGUGAAGAAGGACAUGGUGGAACAAUGGGCUGCAAGUCAGGGUUUCCGGCAUGUCGAGAUUAGUUCUAAUGAGCGCGGUGAGGUAGAAGACGUUAUUAGAGCCCUGGUAGAUAGUGUGCAGAGAGCCAGGCGGAUGGAUGCGAGAGAUAUUGGAGAUAGUAGGAGAGAUGGUGAAGGGGGAAUGACGGGAUGGGGCAUGAAGGUUGUGAAGCGGAUGACCAAUGGGUAAGCUGAAGUCUUUGAAGACAAUUGCCAUCAUGUUCGCGGACGACAAUUCUUCGGAUAAAAGGAACUGAACUAUUUCAAAUAUCACUGUGAGGCAAUGACGUAGGGAUGCGGGCUUAUCUCCGCCUAGAGAAGU